GUUCAGUCCUCUACACUCAACUCAAUUGUUCCGGUUCCUCUGCUCCAGAUGCUGAGUGUGAGCGAGACAUAGACACAGACACACACUCACACACACACACACACACACGCAGGACACUGACAGAGGACUGAGGCAGAACUGGACUUCCAUCAACACCUCUGAAGAGGACUAAGAAAAUAAGAGCCUUGCUUAGAGUUGAGAGGGAGGGAAGGCGGCAGUAGCGCGUGCAGACGGCAGAGAGGAAAGAACGAAAGGAAGAGGGGAAUAGACGAGAAGAGCUGGCUGCACAGCAGGUUGCCCACUCUCUGACAGCAGAGAAGUCCAUGACCCUGAACUAAUACAGCGAUGGACAGGAAAAGUGCCAAUGGCUACCCUAAGGCCGGAGGAGAGAGUGGAGGUGGGGGUCAGAAGAAGCAGCUUCCCUACUCUGUAGAGACCCCCUACGGCUUCCACCUGGACCUCGACUUCCUCAAAUAUGUGGACGACAUCGAGAAAGGCAAUACCAUCAAGCGGGUCCACAUCCAGCGCAAGGCCAGGGGUCCUCCUAAGUUCAGCACCCUGCCCAGGAACUUCAGCCUGCCUGGGCAUGGGGCACGAUCGGCCCCCAAGGACACCUGGUCUUCCACCUCUACUCUGGGACCCAAGCCCCGGGGCAGAGUCACAGAGGUCCAGCAGUUCUUGGAUUUUAGAGCCAGUGAUGGAGGCAGUGGUAUGGCGGGGGGGCAGAGCCAGAGCAGCAGGGCGCAGGGGAGUGGCUUAUCCCUGGCCAGGCCCAGGGAGGAGGCAGGGACUGGUGUGUCAGCCGAGAAUCCCCUGGAGAGGCCCAACCUCCUCCGGACAUCCAGCAUGCCCAUUACCAUCCCUCACAGGAAGGCCUCCGAGUCCGGGGACGAGAGAACCGAGAACGGCUCAUCUGAGAACGUAUUCCGCGCUGUGCCCCAGGACAGGUCGGGGCUGCACCAGCAGAUCACCGCGGCCCUGAAGAGGGUCAGAGAGCUGGAGGAUAUGGUGAGGACCAUCCCAGAGCUCAAGUCCCAGAUCUGCUCACUGAGGGAGGAGAGAGAGCAUCUGAUCCUCAGGCUGCAGGCCCAAACCAAGCCCCAGGCUCCACCCCCCCCACAACGUGCCUCGCCCUCUCCGGCUCAGAUCAUUGAUCCUCAGCCGCCGGGGUCUGGAGCAGUAGUUGAUACCGGGAGAGCAGAAAGCACUGCGUCAGAGACAGAAACACAACAGGAAUCCUUAAGAAGUACUGCACAAGAAGCAGAAGCAGAUAGGCUUUUAGCAGCACAGGCAUCAGAGGGACCAGACCGACAAAGAGAGGCAUUAGUGAAUCCAUUAGAGAAAACAGCAGAGCUAUCAGAGGACGUUACAGUACAGAAAGCACCAGAACCUUCAGAGAGAGGAGUGAUUGUGCAAGUCAUAGAGGGAGUCAGUGGUGAAGGGGAUCUCCUCAGCAUCGAACAGCUCCAGGCUAAGCUAGUAACACUAGAGGCUAAGUUAAGUCAGGCUAGUGAAGAGCUGGAGGAAACCAACAGUCUCCUCAGACAACAGGUAGAGGACAACAGGAUGAAGCAGGAGAGGAUACUUCAGCUAAGCGAGGGAGGGAGAGAGGGAAAGGAGGAGGUGUGUGGGGAGAGACAUACAAGUAGGAGGACCAGUGUGGACCAGCAGACAGAGACCGAGAGAGUGGUCAUUAUAAACCAGGGGACAGAGUCAGAGAGGGCUGAUAUGGUGGAGCAGGAGACUGAUACAGAGAGGAUAGUGAUAUGUUUAAUCAGAGAAAGAGCUAACAGUGUGGACCAGGGGACAGAGACGGAGAGGGUGGAAGCGGUGAACCAGGUGGCCGAGACAGAGAUGAUUAUUGCAUGCUCAGUCAGACCAAGGGGCAACAGUGUGGAUCAGGGGACAGAGACAGAGAGAGUGAACACUGUAAACCAGGUGACAGAGACAGAGAAAGUGGACACUGUAAACCAGGUGACAGAGACAGAGAAAAUGGACACUGUAAACCAGGUGGCAGAGACACCGCCUGGAGACAUAUUAGACCAGGGGACAGAGACACAGACAGUAGUCAGUGUGGACCAGAUGACAGACACAGCACCUGUACGUCCAGUGAGACCAGCAAGACACAGGGCUAACAGUGUGGACCAGUGUAGAGAGACACAAAUACAGGCAGGAGUUAGUGUAGACCAUGGGAAAGAGACAGUGGAUACUAUGAACCAGCUGACAGAGACACAGACAGCACCUGUACGUCCAGUGAGACCAGCAAGACACAGGGCUAACAGCAUGGACCAGGGGACAGAGACAGAGAGAGUGAGUACAGUGGACCAGGUGACAGAGACAGAGGCAGCACAGAGUGCAGACCAGCAAACAGAGACAGAGAGAGACAGAGCAGAGACUAGCAAUACUCCACAUAGAGCUAUAGAGAUAGAAAGUGCAGCUAUAGUAAGUGCAGCCAUAGAAAGUGCGGUCACAGAAAUUUCUGGAGCAGAAAUUGAGGUUGCAGAAAGUGCUAUCAAAAAUGGGGAUAUCACUGAGAGUGCAGUAACUGAAGAAGGUUUUGUGAUUAUAGAAUGUGUGGACACAGAAAGUAUGGUCACAGAGAAUGUGGUCACAGAAAAUGUUGACACAGAAAGAAUGGUAACAAAGAGACAAGAAGUGGUAGUAGAGAAUGCAGUUGAACAAAUGACAAUGACUGAAAGUGUGCUUAAACAGAGUAUGACCACAGAGGGUAUGGUCAUUGAGAGUGUGGUCACAGAAGAGAGUGUGGUCCCAGAAGAGAGUGUGGUCACAGAAGACAAUGUGGUCACAGAGGAGAGUGUGGUCACAGAAGAGAGUGUGGUCACAGAGGAGAGUGUGGUCACAGAAGAGAGUGUGGUCACAGAGGAGAGUGUGGUCACAGAAGAGAGUGUGGUCCCAGAAGACAAUGCGGUCACAGAAGACAAUGUGGUCACAGAGGAGAGUGUGGUCACAGAAGAGAGUGUGGUCCCAGAAGAGAGUGUGGUCACAGAAGAGAGUGUGGUCCCAGAAGACAAUGCGGUCACAGAAGACAAUGCAGUCACAGAAGAGAGUGUGGUCACAGAAGAGAGUGUGGUCACAGAAGUCUCUUUCCCCUGUCUCUGUCCCCUGGUCCACACUGUUAGUGUGGUGAAAGAAACUCCCGUAGUCCCAGAGAGCCCAGUAGCAGCACCCACUCCCUCUUCCAGCCAGACCCAGCCUCAACCGGGUCAGAAGGAGUCUGUGCAGCCCCAGGCCCAGCCUCAACCGGGUCAGAAGGAGUCUGUGCAGCCCCAGGCCCUGCCUCAACCGGGUCAGAAGGAGUCUGUGCAGCCCCAGGCCCAGCCUCAACCGGGUCAGAAGGAGUCUGUGCAGCCCCAGGCCCUGCCUCAACCGGGUCAGAAGGAGUCUGUACAGCCCCAGGCCCAGCCUCAGACCCAGGACCCUCGUCGGGGCUCCAACCCAGCAUUAGGCCAGGUAGUAACACGCCUCACAGGGCUGAUUAACGAGCAGUGGGCCCAGCUGGGUAGCAGCCAAGAGAAGCCGGACAAGCAGGAGAACUCCAGCCCCAGCACCCAGAAGCUUGCAGCCGGGCAGGGGAAGCCUUCAACGGGCAAAUCAGCAGGGAGGUCAGGGCCGUCUAAGAUGAGUUCCAUCCAGAGCCAGCUGGUCAGCUCCCUCAGUGCCCUGUCUGCAUUCUACUCCCCUGGACAGAAGGCUGCUGCCAACAAACAACAAGGUCUGAAAUCCAUCAUGAAGAAGAACGGUGCUGCUGACAAGCAGGGGAACAGAGGAGGAGCCAAGAAGAACCUCAAGUUUGUGGGAGUCAACGGAGGGUAUGAGACCACCUCCAGUGAGGAGGAGUCGAGCGGGGAGGAGAAGGAGGAGGCCGAGGAGGUGGACAGCUCUGAGCCUGAGGAGAUGCAGGAGGAUCAGGGGAAGGAGGAGAAGCAGGAGGAGGGAGCUGGAGAAUCCCAGGGCCUGGGAGAGGACACUGCCACAGGAGAGAUGGCCCAGGGAGCAGGAGCCCAGGCUGGGGAGACAGAGGGCCAGGGAGACCCUCAAGACCCAGAGUCCAGCCAGGCACUCCUGGAGGAGCAGCCAGAAGCAGGGGAGACGAUAGAUAAGGACUUCAUGGAGGCGUGUCACUACAUUAAGGAUCGUAUGGCAGAGGUGGCAACCCCUGAUAAUGAAAUGAGACACAUCCUGACCGUGUUGUACCAGGAGUGGUUCCGUGUGUCCAGUCAGAAGGACUCGCUGGCCGACACUGUCACCCUCUACCUGAGAGAGGUGGGCAUCGCCACGCCAACCCUCCUGCGUUACAUCGUAAACCUGGCCGAUGGUAACGGCAACACAGCGCUCCACUACAGCGUGUCCCACUCCAACUUCCCUGUGGUCAAACUGCUGCUGGACACUGGUCUGUGUGAGGUGGACACCCAGAACAAAGCAGGCUACACAGCGGUGAUGCUGGCCUCUCUGACAGCUGCGGAUGGAUCAGACGACAUGGAGGUGGCUCUACAGCUACUGAGACAGGGAGAUGUCAAUGCCCGAGCCAGCCAGGCAGGGCAGACGGCGCUCAUGCUGGCCGUCAGCCAUGGUCGCACAGCCAUGGUGCGGUUGCUGCUGAGCUGCCAGGCUGACCUCAACAUUCAGGACAAAGACGGUUCGACUGCACUCAUAUGUGCGUGUGAGCACAGUCACGUGGAGAUCGCUCGGAUACUACUCGAGUCUGACCACUGUGACACCAGCCUCACAGACAAGGAUGGUCAGAGUGCUCUUUCGGUUGCGGAAGCGGCCUCCCACAGUGAGCUAGUUGACCUUCUGAAGACCCAUUCUGACUCCACCACCCAGGCCUCUAACCUCUCCUCCACCACCACCUCAGCCACCAUUAUCACCACCACCACCGCCUCUCUCCUUUGAGUCCUCUCCAGAAGCCCCUCUCUAACCCCCACCCCAACACAGAACUCUCCCACCCUAGACCCACCGUAGCCCGGAUCCCAUUCGCCAGACCCAACCCUACCCUAGACCCACCAUAGCCCAGACCCCAUUUGCCAGACCCAACCCUACCCUAGACCUACCAUAGCCCGGAGCCCAUUCGCCAGACCCAACCCUACCCUAGACCCACCAUAGCCCGGACCCCAUUCGCCAGACCCAACCCUACCCUAGACCCACCAUAGCCCGGACCCCAUUCGCCAGACCCAACCCUACCCUAGACUCCCGUGGAGGACAGACAAAGGCUGUAUUCACCACCACUCAGCUCACAGGCCUACUGGACCUGUGCUGCAAGGAACCAGAAUAACACACAUUAUUCACAUUUCUGCCAAUAUUCCGUGGGCGGGACUCUGGAGUUAUGUAUCAACCGUUUGGCAGCCAGCCAAUCAGAGAGGGACCUGUGUGUGUCAAUCAAAGAACCCGUAGCUGUGGCGACAGUGGGGAUCGACAGGUGAUCCAUGAAGAGUGCAGAAAGACAACAGAAGGAUGAUGGAUUGAUGCUUUCCAAAAAAAAUGCUCUUCAGGCACAAAUCUUCUUAAGCACAUGAUCUACCUUCAAAAUCUGUCAUAUUAUUAUCAAUAAUAUGGUUUUUCUUCCUUUUUAGUCCAAUGAUGACAUUACUAUUAUUUUAUAUUUGGACAUAAGCCAUUUAUUAAACCAUAAAGUCAAUGUUAUAAUAGUGUUUUAUCAGACACACCAAGUAUAUUUAUUUUGCGUUGCACUUUGUUUCACUCUGUUUGAUUGAUAUUCACACUGUACAUAUCAUAUCCAUGCUUGGUUUGUUUUCAUCAGUAUGACUUAACGAUUGACUCACUGGGAGGUCUUCCAUAUGAAGGGUGUAUAGUAGGAUGCAGCAUGCAGCAAUAUAAUAACAAAAGGCAGAAUCUUCCGAAGCUACUAAACUGCAGUAUGAUGUAGUAACUCUCCACUUACUACUCUUCUCAACUAUCUACAACUCUUUUUCUCUUUCUCGCUCUCAUGCACUAGCCUGGUAUCAGAGCAUUUCAUAUGUUUCUGUACGUACAGUAAAUCCUAGACCUUCCAUUUAGUAUGAUAUGUUACGUUUUGUAUGGUAUUUGCUAAACGUAUGAUAUGUAACGAAUUCUAGCUGGUGGCUAAUUUUAGCUAGCGCGCUAAAGUUAGCUAGGCUAGUGGUUCGGGUUAAUAAUAAUAAUAAUUUUAUUUUGUACUUUUACCCCUUUUUCUCCUCAAUUGGUGGUUACAGUCUUGUCUCAUCUCUGCAACUCCCCUACGGACUCGAGAGAGGCGUAGGUCGAGAGCCAUGCGUCCUCCGAAACACGACCCUGCCAAGCCGCACUGCUUCUUGACACACUGCUUGCUUUACCCGGAAGACAGCCGCACCAAUGUGUGUCAGAGGAAACACCGUCCAAAUGACCACCGAAGUCAACUUGCAGGCUCCCAGUCCACCAAAUUCCCUUAACCCGGACGAUGCUGGGACAAUUGUGCGCCGCCUCAUGGGUCUCCCAGUCAAGGCCAGCUGUGACAGACUACCCGGGGCUGUUGUGAUGCCUUAGGCCGCUGCGCCACUCGGAAGGCCAGGGUUAGGGUUAAGUUUAAAGGGUUAAGGUUAGGGUUAGAGGAAGGGUGAGCUAAAAGGGUUAAGGUUAGGUAAAGGGUUAGUUAAAAGGGUUAAGGUUAGGGUUAGGGCAAGGGUUAGAUAACAUGCUAAAUAGUUGCAAAUAUUUGUAAGUAGUUGAAAAGUUGCUAAUUAGCUAAAAGUUUUCAGCAAUGAAAUUCGAACUCGCAACCUUUGGAUUGCCAGACGUUUGUGUUCUACAUCCACCCAUCACCCCCUAGAUGUUUGCUUUCUACAUCCACCCAUCCACCCUAGAUGUUUGUGUUAUACACUCACCCAUCCACCCCUAGAUGUUUGUGUUCUACAUCCACCCAUCCACCCCUAGAUGUUUGCGUUCUACAUCCACCCAUCCACCCUAGAUGUUUGCGUUCUACAUCCACCCAUCCACCCCUAGACGUUUGCGUUCUACAUCCACCCAUCACCCCCUAGAUGUUUGCUUUCUACAUCCACCCAUCCACCCCUAGAUGUUUGCGUUCUACAUCCACCCAUCCACCCCUAGAUGUUUGCGUUCUACAUCCACCCAUCCACCCCUAGAUGUUUGUGUUAUACAUCCACCCAUCCACCCCUAGAUGUUUGUGUUAUACACUCACCCAUCCACCCCUAGAUGUUUGUGUUCUACAUCCACCCAUCCACCCCUAGAUGUUUGUGUUAUACACUCACCCAUCCACCCCUAGAUGUUUGUGUUCUACAUCCACCAAUCCACCCUAGAUGUUUGUGUUAUACAAUCACCCAUCCACCCCUAGAUGUUUGUGUUAUACAGCCACCCAUCCACCCCUAGAUGUUUGUGUUCUACAUCCACCCAUCCACCCCUAGAUGUUUGCGUUCUACAUCCACCCAUCCACCCCUAGAUGUUUGCGUUCUACAUCCACCCAUCCACCCCUAGAUGUUUGCGUUCUACAUCCACCCAUCCACCCCGACCAACCACCCUCCUUUCGUAUUUGCCUUAAGUAACCAUCUGUCUUACGUAAUCAUAUCAUACUAAAUUGGGUGUCUUGGAUUUACAUGCAGAAUAAUACAAAAUGCUCUGAGACCAGGUGACACACACACACACACACACACACACACACACACACACACACACACACACACACACACACACACACACACACACACACACACACACACACACACACACACACACACACUCUCUCUCUUCCACUGUAAUGUAUCAUUCCCUUUGUCUGCCUGCUUUAUAGAUUUCAAGUCAAAUAAUGUAUGCAACCAAAAUCGCUACAAAAUGCACAAAGAAUGUCAGUUUUACAUUCCAGAAUCCAGAUAGCAUUCAGCAGGCCUCCUAAGGAACAACAUCACAGCACUUAGCACAGGAAGCAACAGAGUAGAGACCCCUCCAUUACUGGCCAGACUAGUAACAUGUUCUCUACUGUCCUCUGCAGUCAGUGAUGUUACACAGCUCCUUCUCCCAUGUGGACACACAGGUUUCACUGCUAGAAAAGUAGAAAUGUUGUUCUUAGGGGGAUUGUGCCUCGCUCUUCCACCCCAAUUUUCUCUCUAUAUUGAACAAUGGGGCACUGGUGCAGAGAAAUGACAUGAGAAUAUACUAUCUAUCCUAUCAGAAAAUGAAGAGGUCCCAAAGGAGAGGUGCUGUACUCACCAGGUGGUGGUGCUGUCUCUCUUUUUCACCUGUUUAUCACAAGGCAGGCCUAGGAGAUGAAGACUGACCUCAACUGGUUAAAGGUCUAUAUGGAAACCUAACUGUACAUACAUAUACAGUAUUGUGGAAAAUAUAUCUGGUAUGGUCUGACAUUUGCUCUUAAAUAUAUUUAGUAUUUAUUAAAAACGCUAUAUUUUUACAAUAUACAGUAUAUGCAUGGGCCAAUAGUCCAAUGAUUGUGUUGGAAUAUGUGAAUUUAUUGGUUCUUCUGGAUGGUAUAUAUAAGCUAAUUGGUCUACUUUAAAAAGCAAUGUAACUUUUCAUUGGUUGGGUGGUUCACGUUCAUCUCUCAUUGGACAAAGCAGUGUGCUGUACUGUGUCAACAGGACUGACUGUUGUGAGACUGUACUUCUACAUUACAAUCAGAUGAAAACAGCUGUACCUGCCUGUAAUAUUCCUACUGUCAAAUGGACUUUUAUGUUGACCAUUUACAAAUCAAAGAACUGCUUCUAAAUAAAAAGGAGACUUUGAAACUCA